AGACGAAGAAGAAGAAGAAAUUGAAGCUGAAGAUGGCUCGAAGCAUUUCAUACAUCACUGGAACUCAGCUCCUGUCCUUCAGACGCAUGCCAAAUGUCGCCAUCAUCGACGUUAGGGACGACGAGAGAAGUUACGAUGGCCAUAUUGCCGGAUCUCUGCACUACGCUAGUGACACUUUCUCUGAUAAGAUCUCGAAGCUUGUUCAAGAAGUGAAAGGAAAAGACAUGCUUGUUUUCCACUGCGCUCUUAGCCAGGUUCGUGGCCCAUCUUGCGCAAGGAAGCUUGCCAACUAUCUCGAGGAAAUUAAGGAGGAUGCUGGAAUAAAAAGCAUCUGUGUUCUUGAACGUGGCUUCAAUGGCUGGGAAGCGUCUGGCCGACCCGUUUGUCGCUGCAACAACGUGCCUUGCAAGGAGGGGAUUUAGGAUUCAGAAAUCAUCAUAGGUCAGCAUGGUUUUGAAAUAACUCAAUCAAAUAGCCGCUUAUAUACCUUUGCUACCUAGGUAUGAGGAUAAACAAUCUAAUUUCGCUUAUGAUAUCAUUUGAUAAUGUUAAACAAAAAUGUGAUUUCAUAAAUACGUGGAAUUUUUAGUUGUAUUGUAUAUGUAUCCACUUCUGAUGAACUUGGGCAUUAAACCCGGGGUUUGUUUCUGCCAAGUGAAUGUAUCACUUUGGAGUUUGGAGUUAAAAAGAAGAUAAUCCAUUUUUAUUAUUAUAUAUACAUAUUUGAAGUUAUA